AUGAAGACCACCGCUGUCUCACUGCUGCUGUCCGCUGGCAUAGCCACGGCCAGCCCCCUCGCUCCCCGCUCCGGUGGAGUCCAGGGUUUUGAUAUUUCCAGCUAUCAGGGCACCGUCGACUUCUCCGGAGCUUACAGCUCGGGAGCCCGCUUUGUGAUCAUCAAGGCCACCGAGGGCACCAGCUAUAUCGACUCGGAGUUUUCCAGCCACUAUGAGGGUGCGACCAGCGCAGGUCUGAUCCGUGGAGGCUACCACUUCGCCCACCCGGACGACAGCUCCGGUGCGGACCAGGCCACCUACUUCCUCGCACACGGUGGCGGCUGGACCAAUGACGGCCAGACCCUGCCGGGCAUGUUGGACAUUGAAUAUAACCCGGACGGCUCCGAGUGCUACGGGCUGAGCGCAUCCGACAUGGUCUCCUGGAUCUCGGACUUUGGCGAGACGUAUAACAGCAAGACCGGUCGAUACCCUAUGAUCUACUCGACGGCUGACUGGUGGAGCACCUGCACUGGUGAUAGCACCGCCUUCAGCACCGACUACCCGCUGGUGCUGGCGCAGUAUGCCAGCUCCAUCAGCACCGUGCCCGGUGGCUGGCCCUACCAGAGCUUCUGGCAGAACGCCGAUAGCUACACCUAUGGUGGUGAUUCCGACAUCUGGAACGGCGACUCGGACUCGCUCUCCACCUUCGCCAAGGGCUAG